UUUUUUAUCAAGGCUGCUCAGUCUGUUUUUUGUUCUCUCUCACUCUUCCACUCUCAGUCCACUUUCUCUAUUCUCUCUACGCAACCAUGGCUGAACCCGCCGUCACCGACGCCGAUAAAACAAUCACCACCACCACAUUGCCGUCGCUCAACAUCGACGAAUUAUCGAUCGACGAAAACAAGAAACCUCCGAAGCUAUUAGACGAUCCGGAAGACUCCAAUAUCCAAGCGGUUAGUUCUGACGACACGCCGUACACCUCGGCGGCGACGUUCGAGGAAUUGAACUUGUCGGCGGAGCUUUUGAAAGGACUCUACGUUGAGAUGAAGUUCCAGAAACCGAGCAAGAUCCAAGCUAUAAGCUUGCCGAUGAUCUUGAAUCCGCCGCACCGUGAUUUGAUCGCUCAGGCUCACAACGGUUCCGGCAAGACCACGUGCUUUGUUUUAGGGAUGCUUAGUCGUGUGGAUCCUUCGACGCAAGCUACUCAAGCUCUCUGCAUUUGUCCAACGAGGGAGCUUGCUAUUCAGAACACUGAAGUUCUCCGGAAGAUGGGGAAGCACACAGGGAUUAGCUCGCACUGUGCCGUUCCGACGGAUAGCAGGGAUUCAAUUCCAAUUCAAAAAGGGGAGAAAAUUAAGGCUCAGGUGGUUAUUGGGACUCCUGGCACUAUCAAGAAGUGGAUUUCAUUCAAGAAAUUGGAGGUGACCAAAUUGACGAUUCUUGUCUUUGAUGAGGCUGAUCAAAUGCUUGCUGAGGAUGGUUUUAAGGAUGAUUCCUUGAGGAUAAUGAAAGAAAUAGAAAAAUCCAAUUCUAGCUGCCAGGUUCUUCUAUUUUCUGCCACAUUCAAUGACAUUGUCAAGAACUUUGUUGAGAGGACAGUUAAAAAGGACCAUAAUAAACUUUUUGUUAAGAAAGAAGAGCUUUCUUUAGACGCUGUCAAGCAAUAUAAAGUGCAGUGCACUGAUGAGUUGUCGAAGAUUGAGGUGAUAAAAGAUUACAUAUUCGAGUUAGGAGAAAAUGUGGGCCAAACCAUCAUAUUCGUGCGCACGAGACAGAGUGCAAAAAUGCUGCACAAGUCACUUGUCAAUAUGGGUUACGAGGUGACUUCGAUACAAGGUGCUCCUGACCAUGAAGAGAGAGACAAAAUUGUCAAAGAGUUCAGAGAUGGUUUGACUCAAGUUCUUAUAUCGACGGAUGUUCUUGCUCGAGGCUUUGAUCAGCAACAGGUCAAUUUGGUUAUCAACUAUGAUCUCCCAAUAAAACAUACUGCGGAGUAUACACGGGAAUUUGAGCCUGAUUAUGAGGUGUACUUGCACAGAGUUGGUAGGGCUGGUCGAUUUGGCCGCAAGGGGGCUGUGUUUAACCUAAUACAUGAUGAAAAAGAUGAAAGGCUGAUGUCAAAGAUCGAGAACCAUUUUGGCACCCGUGUAUCAGAGGUACGAGAAAAAAGUGUCGAAGACUAUAAAGCUGCACUUAAGGAAGCCGGUCUACUACAAGCAUACUCAGAACUGAAUCGGUGAUCGAACCGGUUAGGUCAUUGAGUCAUUGGGUCAUUGGAUCCACCGGUUGAACUGAUUGACCCGGUCCUUUGUAAAUAAAAAACAAAAUAUAGUCAAAAAUUUAAAAUUAAAAUUUAAAAUACAUAUUUUUACUAACA